CCUUGCCUCCCCUUAGUUCCGGACCUGCACUGCACCGUCUCGGCAAUAAUUCCACCUGAACCCUCCUGCGCACCAGGUCCCCUACCUAAUUGCUAGUCCCCGCGCAACCGAGUGCCCACCGCUAUGGGCGCCGACUACGCUUACGACGAGGAGGGCUACCUCUGGCCCUUCUUCGUCUUCACCCUGACCUUCAUUGUCACGCUCCCGCUCACGUACCUGCUGGUGAGCCGCUCGCGCGACCCUGCCGCAGCCCUCAAGCGCGUCCAGUCCGACUACCGGCACGAGCAUGCAGACCUCGUCGACACGCUGCGCAAGCAGGAGAAGCGCAAGGACCGGAAGCUCUGGCUGCUGGCCUUUGUCAUGGCCGGGUGGGCCGUCAUGGGCUACAUGCUCUACCUCAUCAACACAACCGAGGCGCCAACACAGAAGAUCUGGAACCCCUACGACAUCCUCAGCAUCCCCGAGUCGGCCAGCAUCAAGGUCAUCAAGAGCACGUACAAGAAGCUGUCCCUCAGGUUCCAUCCCGACAAGAUACGGCCCGAUGCCUCGAGGAACGAGACCCUCGAGGAUCUCAACGCCCGCUACGUCGAGAUAUCAAAGGCCUACCAGGCCCUCACCGACGAGGAGGUCCGGAAUAACUACAUUCAGUACGGCAACCCCGACGGUAAGCAGGGCUACAGCAUCAACAUUGCCCUCCCGAAGGCCAUGGUUUCGGACGGCAACGGAAAGUACAUUGUCCUCAUCUACUCGGCCCUCUUUGGAGUCCUCCUGCCCUAUCUGGUCGGCUCCUGGUGGUACGGUACCCUGAGGCGGUCCAAGGAGGGGUCGCUGAUGGAGAGCGCCAACCGCCUCUUCCGCGCGUACCAGGACGACAUUGACGAGGGUGGCGUCAUCACCGCUCUCAGCGAGGGCAAGGAAUACGAGGACCUCUUCAAAGGCAACAAGGCCGACUCGCAACUAUCCAGGAUAGAGUCGAAGAUUCUGGCCGAGGGCGAGCUCUCGCCCUUCGCUGGCGGCCUGUCUGUCAAGCACAAGGAGAAACUCCAGAACUUGGAGAGCGGGCCGCAGAGAAAGGCGCUUGCGCUGUUGUGGGCCUACCUGGGGCGCGUCGAGCUCGAUGAUCCUGCUCUGAACAAGGCCAAGCUCGAAGUUGCGCCCAUUUCCCACGCUCUCAACAAGUCAUUUACCGCCAUAUCUCUCGCAUAUAUGAACACAGCACCGCUCUUAGCCUCUUACUACACAAGUCAACUGCUCAUCCAGGCUCUCCCCCCCAAGUCAUCCCCCCUCCUGCAACUCCCGUACUUCACGCCGAAGAUUGUCAAGGCGGUUGAGGGAGACUCAAGAAUCCGCACGUCGGUCCAGAGCUUUAUGGACAGGCCAGACUCCAAGCGCCGUAGUCUGGUGGUAGGGAAGAAUCUUCUCACAGAGCAGCAGUACAAGGAAGCAGUGAAGGUGGCCAAGCAACUGCCGUACCUCCGUGUGGCCAAGGCGUACUUCAAGGUGACUGGCGAACGUUGCAUCAUCCCAUCAUCCCUCGUCACACUGGUCGUUAAGGGUCGCUUUGUGCCGCCAGGCAGCGAAAAGCUGCCCGAGGUCAACGAGCCGGACCUCGAAGACAUCGACCCGGCCGAGGACGACCUGGACGCCAUCCUGGGCCGCAAGACUAAGAAGCAGAUCGGCAAGGAUGAAAAUGGGAAGCCCAUCAUGUCGGCGGACAGCGAGCCCAUUCUGCCGCCUCUCGCGUCAGCCCCCUAUUUCGCCCGCGACCACAGCCCCAGGUGGCAUGUCUUUUUGACCGACUCCAAGCAGGGCAGAGUUGCGGUGCCGCCGUUUACGUUUGCACAGUUUGACCGCCCAGUGUUCCAAGAGGACGGCAGGACGCCGACGUUUGCCAUGCAGACGCUCAAGGCGCAGUUCCAAGCCCCGCCGCAGGCCGGCCAUUACACUUUUGUCAUGCACGUCGUCUGCGACAGCUACGUCGGCUUCGACACCAAGAUGGAGGUGACGCUGAUAGUCGACGAGGCGAGCAAGGCUGCCGAGAUGGCGGACGAUGAUCAGAUUAGCGAGCCUGAUGAAGGUUGGUCUACCACUUUUCUUCCAUAGUAUGCACUGUAGCAAAAAACUGACCAUUGUUCUCAAAAGACUCGCUUGCCGGCAUCAUGAACGCGGCCAAGGGCGGGCCUGCGCCGUCGCCGCCAGGAGCCGCAAAGGCGGGCAAGAAGAGCAGGAAAGAGCAGGACGAGUCAGACGACGAGAGCGGCACAGAGGAGGAGGAAGAUGAUACCAGCGCCACAAACACAGACACGGAAGCAGAGGACUAAACAGC